AUGGAAUCGAGCUCCGCUUCUGGCAGCAACCUUGCUUGCGACGUCUGUCGGAUCAAGAAGUUGAAGUGUUCCAAAGAUCGCCCGGCGUGCACGGCUUGCGUGCAAAACCGCAGACAAUGCCAUUACAGUGGAAAAGUGGUACGGUCGCCACUCACCAGACAGUAUCUUACUUCCGUGGAAAGACGGCUCAACUAUUUGGAGAAGCUGGUGGCACAGAAACUACCCGAUUUGGAUGUUGAUGAAGCACUCGCUGCUAUUGCCACCAGCUCUCCGGCUACGCCACCGGUGCAGGUUAAGACGCUCGCGUUCCCGUCGGAUCACCGCCAGCACAGCACUACGGGACUCGUUUCAAGUAGCAAGGAGCAGCCUGCGCAGGAGUCGAUAUCGGAGGCUGUCCCUGAGCAAGCGGAUGGAUUUGACUGGCAAGAAGAGGCGAAUGACCUGGUUGAUGGCAUGGCGGCGUUGGCCGUAGAGCCCACUGGCACCGGGUAUUUAGGAUCUACUGCCGGAGUGUACUUCCUCCGGGCUUUACUGUCUUGGAUUGCUGGUAGACGAGCCGUAUCGGACCCUUUCCAGCCUGCAACAUCUUCGCCCCAACACUUCAAGCCGUCACCAACGUCGUCAUCGCAUAUUCAACAAUCGCUCGACUCUGGCCACAUGGCGAACCAGCUUCUUGAUGCCUACUUCUCCGUGUACCAUGUCUCAUACCCCUUUAUCCACGAAGCCACUUUCAUGGCCCAGUAUCACCAACUUAUCUCCCGGCCGAACCGGCAAUCUUGGCAAAUGCUACUCCAUACCGUUCUGGCCCUGGGAGCGUGGUGUCUCGACAAUGAAGAAAGUGAAGUUGAUGACUAUCUGUACCACCGCGCUCUUUCGUUCCGUGAGGAUGAGUCCUUGUUCGAAAGCGCAAACCUGACCCUGGUCCAGGCCUUGCUGUUGUUGUCCAACUUGAGCCAAAAGCGGAACAAGCCGAAUACAGGAGGAAACUUUCUCGGCUUGGCGACUCGAAUGGCCCUGAGUCUAGGGCUGCAUCGUGAGUUGCCAGACUGGAACAUUAGCCUUCUCCAGAGAGAAAUGAGGCGCCGCGUUUGGUGGGGGCUAUUUCUCUUUGACAGUGGCGCAUCAACAACCUUUGGCAGGCCGAUUCUUCUCCCCGAAGGCGAAGCCAUGGACGUGAAACAUGUUCUCAACAUUCAUGAUGAGCAAUUAACUCCCCGGACCGUGGACCUGCCAGAGGAGUCCAACCAACCAACCAGGUAUUCUGGCAUGAAGUCCCAAAGCGACUUCCACCUUUAUUCGAAUCACAUUUCCAACAGGCUCCUUGCGACUUCUGGAAUAUCCCCGGAGGAGGCCUUGCGGCUGAACCACUCUCUUGAGACGUGGUGCGAGACUCUGCCUGCAUAUUUCAAGAUGACGCAGGACCCUGUCAGCUUGGAGCCGUCUUACCUAUUCGCCAGGUCUCGGUUGUGGUGGCGCAUAUGGAAUUUGAGAAUCAUUCUGUUCAGACAGAUUGUUUUGAGCCGCGCCAUGAAAAGGAAGCGAGACAAUCUUGUGACGACGUCAACCGACCCCGAUAAUAGGUGCAGGGACUUGGCUGUCCAGGCAGCCAACUCGACAAUCGUGUCAAUAAGUCAGUUUCUCACGCAGACACCAAUGACUCGAUUAAUCAACUGGUAUGCCACAUACUUUUUGUUUCACGCGUCAUUGAUCAGCGCUCUUGCGAUUCUGGGAGAUUUGGAAUCUCCCGAGACCGCGGCAUGGCAAGCAGACGUCGACACGGCGAACCACACCUUUCGGACCAUGUUGACGAGCAACCCCCUUGCUUCUCGGUGUGCCGACAUCCUAGGCCUGAUUGUGCCGCCGCAGCCAGAACAGACGGCAAGCCCCGUCAUUAGCGACGAAUUUUUGUACCGGGACGAGCUCGACUUUUCUUCCUGGCCAAUGGACCCUGCGGAUGUUUUCAAUUCGUUGGGAUGGACUGAUUUUGGCCAGGGCGUGUAG